UAAAACUAAGAAGUAAGAAUGGCAACGACGUGGCCGGCUCCCGUGGAGAACGCUUAAGGACACCACGCCAAUUCCUUCCUUCCGAGAUGGAAAGAGGAGCUCCUAGCUCAUUUAAGCCGGGGUAGGGCUGGUUCUCCUUUCCGAGCCAAAAUCCCAGGCGAUGGUGAAUUAUGAACGUGCCACACCAUGAAGCUCUUGUGGCAGGUAACUGUGCACCACACCUGGAAUGCCGUCCUGCUCCCCGUCGUCUACCUCACGGCGCAAGUGUGCAUUCUGUGUGCAGCCAUCGCCGCUGCCGCCUCCGCCGGGCCCCAGAACUGCCCAUCCGUUUGCUCGUGCAGUAACCAGUUCAGCAAGGUGGUGUGCACCCGUCGGGGCCUCUCCGAGGUCCCUCAGGGUAUUCCCUCCAACACCCGGUACCUCAACCUCAUGGAAAACAAUAUCCAGAUGAUCCAGGCCGACACCUUUCGCCACCUCCACCACCUGGAGGUCCUGCAGCUGGGCAGGAACUCCAUCCGGCAGAUCGAGGUGGGGGCCUUCAACGGCCUGGCCAGCCUCAACACCCUGGAGCUGUUUGACAACUGGCUGACAGUCAUCCCCAGUGGGGCCUUUGAGUACCUGUCCAAGCUGCGGGAGCUCUGGCUUCGCAACAACCCCAUAGAAAGCAUCCCCUCUUACGCCUUCAACCGGGUGCCCUCCCUCAUGCGCUUGGACUUGGGGGAGCUCAAGAAGCUGGAGUACAUCUCUGAGGGCGCUUUUGAGGGACUGUUCAACCUCAAGUACCUGAACCUGGGCAUGUGCAACAUUAAAGAUAUGCCCAAUCUGACCCCCCUGGUGGGGCUGGAGGAGCUGGAGAUGUCAGGGAACCACUUCCCUGAGAUCAGGCCUGGCUCCUUCCACGGCCUCAGCUCCCUCAAGAAGCUAUGGGUCAUGAACUCACAGGUCAGCCUGAUUGAGCGGAACGCUUUUGAUGGGCUGGCCUCACUUGUGGAACUCAACCUGGCCCACAAUAACCUCUCUUCUUUGCCCCAUGACCUCUUCACCCCACUGAGGUACCUUGUGGAGUUGCACCUACACCACAAUCCUUGGAACUGCGAUUGUGACAUUCUGUGGCUAGCCUGGUGGCUUCGGGAGUACAUACCCACCAAUUCUACCUGCUGCGGCCGCUGUCAUGCUCCCCUGCACAUGCGUGGCCGCUACCUGGUGGAGGUGGACCAGGCCUCCUUCCAGUGCUCUGCCCCCUUCAUCAUGGAUGCCCCUCGGGAUCUCAACAUCUCCGAGGGUCGGAUGGCGGAACUUAAGUGUCGGACUCCCCCGAUGUCCUCCGUGAAGUGGCUGCUGCCCAAUGGGACAGUGCUCAGCCACGCCUCCCGCCACCCGAGGAUCUCUGUCCUCAACGACGGCACCUUGAACUUUUCCCACGUGCUGCUCUCAGACACCGGGGUAUACACUUGCAUGGUGACCAACGUGGCAGGCAACUCCAACGCCUCGGCCUACCUCAACGUGAGCACGGCCGAGCUCAACACCUCCAACUACAGCUUCUUCACCACAGUCACAGUGGAGACCACUGAGAUCUCACCUGAGGAUACGACGCGCAAGUACAAGCCUGUUCCUACGACGUCCACUGGUUAUCAGCCGGCAUAUACCACCUCCACCACGGUGCUCAUUCAGACCACCCGUGUGCCCAAGCAGGUACCCGCGACAGACACCAAUGAUAAGAUGCAGACCAGCCUGGAUGAAGUCAUGAAGACCACCAAGAUCAUCAUUGGCUGCUUUGUGGCAGUGACUCUGCUAGCUGCCGCCAUGUUGAUUGUCUUCUACAAACUUCGUAAGCGGCACCAGCAGAGGAGUACAGUCACAGCCGCCCGGACAGUUGAGAUCAUCCAGGUGGACGAAGACAUCCCAGCGGCGGCGUCUGCGGCAGCAACAGCAGCUCCGUCCGGUGUAUCAGGUGAGGGGGCAGUAGUGCUGCCCACAAUUCAUGACCAUAUUAACUACAACACCUACAAACCAGCACAUGGGGCCCACUGGACAGAAAACAGCCUGGGGAACUCUCUGCACCCCGCAGUCACCACAAUCUCUGAACCUUAUAUAAUUCAGACCCAUACCAAGGACAAGGUACAGGAAACUCAAAUAUGACUCCCCUCCCCCCAAAAACUUACAAAAUGCAAUAGAAUGCACACACACACACACACACACACACACACACACACAAGACAGCAACUUUUGUACAGAGUGGGGAGAGACUUUUUCUUGUAUAUGCUUCUAUAUUAAAUCUACGGGCUGGUAAAAGAAACAGAUUAUAUUAAAAUUUAAAAACAAAAAUUCAAAACAAAACUAUUUUCUAACUUGUAAGUUCUAUUUAAAGGGGGGAGUGGGGUUCUUGGGAACGUUGUGGGGUAGAAGCCACAAGUCAACUUGCUAUGAUGCCAGAAGGGAUUUCUGAUACCAGGCUGAAACUCCUAAGAUAAACUAAAACAACAACAAAUAUCCCUAAAGAGGUAGGGUGUGGGCUGCUGAGGGGUGGGGUGGGGGUGGGGGUAGACUGUCAUUUUUUAGAAGAUGCUUCACAGCAUACAGGAAUACCCAUUUCUAUAGACACCUUUCUUAAGCUGAGAGCUGUCUUUGCAAAUUUAUUUUAAAAAGAGAUACAAAAAAAAGCACCGAGAAUUUGUACUGUGCUGAAGUGUUGAGAGGCAAUAAUUUUUUUUUUUUCUUCAGAGGCCAAGGGGAAGAUAGAUCUGUAAAUGUAUUUUAAACAGGAAAACCACCAAAAUUUAAAUGACUCCUUAAAGGGGCUCGGUCUUUCCGUCUGUCCAUGUGCACAAGGCUCCUUGGUUUGUGCACCGGGACACGCGCGUGCCCCGCCUGACAGCGCGCCUCGGGAAGGAGCAGAGAAGGAAGGGGGCUGGCGUAGCUCUCAGUCAAAUGCUUUCACAUUGCACCAGAUUCCUGCAGAUGGGUUUAACCCACUCUCUGCAGGGCAUGUGUCUAUUCAGGGUUUCCCUUGAGGGGGAGGAGGCCCCCCCCCAAGGGGGUGCGGCCACAGAGGGGGGGUGGGAAGGGAGAGCAGAAGCAGAGAGAAUGUAUUCACAGGAGGCCAUAAAUUAGCAUGGUGCCAUGUCCACCUGUUGUUCCCGGUAUCUGACAAAUGAUUGUAGACAAUGAUGGCAUUUUAUGAUUUUUUAUAAAGGUUUUGUUUGUUUUAAGGUGGAGAAGGAGGAGAGGCUGGGAUUGGGGAGCUUGGGGGAGUGGAAGCUUUUCUCAUGCUUGUGAUUUGGUGACUAUUCUAAAUGCUGAUUCAUUAGGGAUUAUUACAGCUGAUGUCAACUGGUUGUGGUGAUGGGGUGGGGGCAGAACAUGAGUGGAGAGAGAAAAAGGGCACAGGCUCAUUUCAAGUACAAUGAAGCCUUUACUAAACAGGAUGGUUCACAAAAAAGAUGUGAAUCCACAGUUAAAACAAAAGUGAUAUACAUGCACACAAGAAGUGAGUUCUGCAAGGAGUCCUGUGGAACGUGGCACAGUGGGGGGAAGGCUUCCCUCUCCCAGGCCGACCUCAGGAGGAGGUGGAGGAGAAAGGGUGGGCGUGGGCGGGGAAGGCAGAGAUCUCUGUUAUUCUGGUCCAUUUAAUGCUGUAACUUCUUUCAUUUAUUAUUUUAGCUUUAAAAAGAAAUAAAGGGUUCAGAUUUGAAAGGGGUGGGAUGGGUGGGUGGGGGGGAAUGCCAACAAAAGAACACUGAUUGUAAUGUGAGAAAAGUGUAUUUUUGUAUUUUAAUAAAUAUUGUUCAAUUUUUAAUCCAAUGUCCCCAAAGGGUUAAAUUGAAUAAGGUCCUAUAGAUCCUUAUAAGCAUUAACCAAGUCAUUUCUAUUUAAAGAAAAAAAGGCAAAGGGAGGGGAGACGUAAGGUGGGAGGGGAAGACAAUGUUAAAUUUCUUUCAAGUAUGGGAAAAUGCUAAAGCUGUCAACAGUCUUUCCUUAGCUUAAAUAAAAAGCACCCCAAUUCUAGUGCACCUUCCAAAAGCUAAGUGUGUUAGUCCCUGGCUUUGUUGGGGGUAGAACCAAAUUCCUGAUGCCCUGGAAAAGCAGGGGAAAUGGGUCAGCCUCAGCUCCUGGGACCAGGCCAGAAGUUAAGUGCCACCUCAGCAGAAGCUGCUGGUCAGGCAGCACCAGCUCUAUCUA